AUCAAAUUACGGUAAAUUGUAGGGAUGUCAUAGUAAUUACAUAAAACGCUUAUUUCUGCGUGCUGCUCAUUGCUGGUGCGAGUCAAGACGGCAAAUUAAAGCAGAGAGAGGGAGAUCGUAAGCAAGUAAAAGUUGAUUUUCAAUCUGUGGGCUGAACUGGGACCACCUCAGCCAUUCUCUCCCUUUCAUUUUCUCACUAAAAGAUGGCGACUGAACCUGCUAUGUAUAUCCGGGUUAAGCGUAACAAGACAACUUACUUUAUCCAAUGCGGUCCAGCUGAGAAAAUUCUGGAUGUUAAGCAGAAAUUGCAUGUCCUGAUUGACAAGCCAGUUAGUGAUCAGCGACUGACCUUAAUGCCGAAUGGGGAAGUGUUGGAGGAUUCGAAGUCAUUGGCAGACCAUAAUGUUGAAAAUGAUGCUGUUGUUGCAUUAACCUUGAGAAAAGAUGAUAAUGAGUUCGAGGAUAUCAAUAUUGUCCGGCCAAAUGAUUUCUACCAGAAUCGUGAUGCAGAUGGGGGCAAUUGGUGAGCCAUGAAAAUGCUUAGCUGCAGCAUGAUAGUUUUAGGUACAGCUAUAUACACAUGCUAUAGUCAUAUGAGGUGUGAACUAUUGGAUUUUUUGCUAUCACAAAAACAUGUUCAGUUAUAAUAUCUAGUAGAGUUUCUCUUGUAAGCUGAAAUUAUCAAGCCCAGUAGGCCAAGCUACUACCUUUUCGUCAAAAGAAAAAAAAAACGAUAUGGGAAAUUUGAGGUGCUUACACUAGGAUGCAUAGUGAGUUACAUGGUUGAUGAGCAUGUUAUAUGACUAGCUUUCAUAUUAUCUGAUGGUUCUCUCUUGAACAUAAUAUCAAAGAGAGCCAUGAAUUGGGUCCGAGAAUGAUGUGAAUACAGGCAAUAACUACUUAAUACUUGAAGCUAUCAUCAACUAUA